AUGAGCCCGUUAAGGCAGCCUCCCCCACGCGCAAGCUAUGAAGACAGCGCGCGAGGACAACUGGAUCGCCCAGAGAACUUUUCACGCAGUCAACCUGCAAACAUGAUGCAGCGCAAGGUCGGUCAGCGACGGCCUGUCCUCCAGCUCGGCCACAACUCGGAGCAGAUCAGGGACAAGCUACUGCAAGCGCAAGGCCUGCUGCACAGCGCCCGGGGGAGCCACAACCCUGGCCUGCAGGGCUUGCUGGAGAAGCUGAGCAGGGACGCCGACCAGGCAGAGGACUUGCUGGAUGAGGUCCGCUACUUCCAGAUCCAUGACAGACUCCACGGCACCAGCUACGCCACCACCCAAGAUGGUAGUGAUGAUGAUGCUGCUGUUGCCGGUGCACCACUCCGCGUCACCAACUCUGCUAGUGCUGAUGGUGAUAUGCUGCAUUUCGACAUAGUGUCCAUGUCCAGCAAAAUCAAGUCCCUGUUACAGGGCAUGGAGUCCCACUGUGAUUCGGUCUCCAAUUUGCUCGGCAUCGGCAGUAUCCCAAGCAACAGCACAGCAGUCGUCGUACAUCGGCCUCAGACUGCUUCCAUGAUUAUACAAGAUAAAUUGUAUGGCAGGACAUGCAUUUUUGAGGAAACUGUCAAUCGUAUCACUGAUACUGGUGCCACACAGACUGUUUCUGUUCUUCCUAUAGUUGGUCCAGGGGGUAUUGGAAAGACAACUUUCACCCAGCACCUGUAUAAUGAUGCAAGGACUAAAAAUCACUUUGAUGUCCAGGUCUGGGUAUGCGUAUCCACUGAUUUUGAUGUUCUUAAGCUCACCAGGGAGAUACUCGUCUGCAUACUUGCAACUGAAGGAGGAAGCAGCGGUGUUACAAAUGAAACAACCAAUUUAAACCAGCUUCAGAAAUCCAUAUCAGAACGUCUCAAGUCCAAGAGGUUUCUAAUUGUCUUGGAUGAUAUAUGGAAAUGUGACGGUGUGGAUCAGUGGAGAACCCUGUUAGCUCCGUUCACAAAGGGGGAAACCAAAGGAAGCAUGCUACUUGUCACAACUCGAUUCCCAAAGCUAGCACGAAUGAUGGAAACAGUUGAUUCACUACAACUCGCAGGUUUGGAGCCUAGUGACUUCUUCACAUUCUUUGAAGCAUGUAUAUUUGGUGAUCACAACCCUGAGCAUUACGAAUAUGAGUUAGCUGGUAUUGCACGAAAAAUAGCAAACAAGCUAAAGGGUUCCCCGCUAGCAGCCAAAACAGUUGGUAGGCUAUUACACAAGGAACUUUCUCAGAAACAUUGGAAUGGAGUUCUUGGAAAGCAUCAGUGGCUAAAGCAGCAAAAUAAUGAUGAUAUCAUGCCAUCUUUAAAAAUUAGCUACGAUUACCUCCCUUUUGAUCUGAAGAAAUGCUUUUCCUAUUGUGGUCUUUUCCCUGAAGAUCAUGAGUUUACUUCUUCAGAAAUUAAUCAGUUCUGGGUUGCAAUUGGCAUCAUAGACUCUAAUCACCGAGCCGAUAGGAAUUACUUGGAAGAAUUAGUGGACAAUGGUUUUCUCAUGAAGGAAUUUGAUUGCUAUGUAAUGCAUGAUUUAAUGCAUGAGCUAUCUCAGAGUGUUUCUGCACAAGAAUGCCUCAAUAUAAGUGGCUUAGAUUUCAGAGCUGAUGCCAUUCCACAAUCUGUUCGGCACUUAUCUAUCAACAUAGAAGACAUAUAUGAUGCAAAUUUUGAGCAAGAAAUGUGUAAACUAAGGGAGAAGAUAGACAUUGCAAAUCUUCGGACUUUGAUGUUUUUUAGAGAAUAUGGAGAUGAAGGAAUCGCCAAGAUUUUGAAAGACAGCUUCAAGGAAAUAAAUAGUCUGCGUGUCCUAUUUAUAGUGGUGAAGUCUGCACAAUCUUUUCCAUAUAGGUUUUCAAAACUUAUACACCUCCAGUACCUCAAAAUUAGGUCAGCUUACUACGGUGAAAGUUUACCUAGUACACUAUCAAGAUUUUAUCACUUGAAAUUCUUGGACCUAGAUUAUUGGCGUGGUCGUUCUGAUUUGCCUGAAGACUUUUGCCACCUUGAGAAUUUACAUGAUUUCCAUGGUAGAAAUGAAUUCCACUCCAACAUUCGCAAUGUCGGAAAGAUGAAGCAUCUGCAGGAGCUAAAAGAAUUCCAUGUCAGGAAAAGGAGCAUGGGAUUUGAACUGACAGAACUUGGGGCAUUGCCAGAGCUUGAAGGAGGACUGAUUAUACGUGGUCUUGAACACGUGGCAACCAAGGAGGAAGCUACUGCAGCCAAACUGAUAUUGAAAAGGAAUCUGAAGGAGCUGGAAUUACUUUGGGACAGAGACCUUGAUGGACCAACUGCAGAUGAUGAUAUUCUUGAUGCUCUUCAACCACACUCUAAUCUUAGAGUACUUGCAAUUGUAAAUCAUGGUGGUACCGUUGGUCCUAGUUGGUUGUGUUUUGGCAUCUGGUUAACAAGUUUAGAGACUCUCGCUCUAGAAGGCGUAUCUUGGAGGAUACUCCCACCUUUUGGGAAGCUACCAAAUCUGAAGGGACUCUAUUUGAAGAAAGUCUGUGGAAUGGAUCAGUUUGGGCCUCGUUGUGGAGGCGCUCCAGGCAAAUGUUUUAUGCGCUUGAAGACGGCUGGGUUUUGUGAGAUGCCAGAUCUUGCUGAAUGGGAUGUGGAACAUAAUUGCCAUUCCUUUCCAAGUCUUGAAGAAAUCAAAUGCAUCGGUUGUCCCAAUCUCCGUGUGAUGCCCUUCUCAGAGGCAUCUUGCACCAAUUUGCGCAAACUUUAUGUUUCCAGGUGCCCCAAGAUGUCUCUGCCCUCCAUGCCUCACACCUCCACACUGACAAAUUUGGAUGUUCAAGGAGAUAUGUUAGAAUCGUUGUUGUCUUAUGAUGGAAAGAAAUUGGUUGUUAGAGGUUAUGGCGGUGCUUUGGCCUCCCACAAUCUGGAUGAAGUAGAAGAUAUGGCUAUUGCAGAUGCAUCACGCAUAUCAUUUACAGACAUCAAAAAGCUUAAACCCCUAACAAAAGUAACCGUCAGAAGAUGCGACGGUUUCUUCCCUGAAGAGCUGGAUGGAAGUAUUGUCUUGCAUUCAGUUAAGAGUCUCAUAUUAGAUGUAUCUCAUCUUACCAACAAAUCAUCAUCAUCAAAAGUGUUAAACUGUUUCCCAACUCUUUCUGUGUUGGAGGUAGACGGUUACCUUUCAGUUGACUUUCGAUUAUGUGACUAUGAGGAACGUGUAAUGCAGUUGCCAUCAUCCAGCUCACUGCAGGAACUUGCCUUCAAACACUGUAAGGGCCUAGUUCUUGUGCCCGUGGAGAAUGGAGGAGGAAUUCAGGAGGACAAGUCAUUGCUCCAAUCAUUAACAAUAUUCAAUUGUGGUCGAUUUUUCUGUCGGUGGCCCAUGGGAAAGGGAGAAUCAGAGACCAUUUGCCCUUUCCCUGCUUCCCUGAGGGAACUUUAUGUUUACCAAGAGCCAAGCAUCAAGUCAAUGGCUCUGCUCUCAAACCUCACGUCUCUCACGCGUCUAAGGAUACAUGGCUGCAGUAAUUUAACAGUGGCCGGAUUCAAUCCUCUCAUCGCAGUCAACCUCAUAGAGCUGCAAGUGUAUCACUGUAACACCUCAGCAGCAGAUCUGCUCUCAGAGGUGGCCUCUCAGAGGGCCAAAUUAUUGCCUGCGGGUUACAUCUCUAGAUUGGAGAAACUCGGUGUGGAUGACAUGUGUGGAUUGCUUGUUGCUCCUAUUUGCAACCUCCUCGCCCCGGCCCUCCACACACUUGAAUUCCAGUUUGGUGAUGAGAGGACGGAAAGCUUCACGGAGGAGCAAGAGAAAGCGCUGCAGCUCCUCACCUCCCUCCAAAAUCUAACAUUUUCCGAUUGCAAGGGUCUGCAGUCCCUUCCUCAAGGGUUACAUCGCCUUUCUUCUCUCAAGGAGUUAUGUGUCCGUGGGUGUCCAAAUAUCCGAUCGAUGCCCAAGGAGGGCCUCCCGGUUUCACUGAGAAAACUAAGGAUGGAUUGUCACAGCGCUGAGAUAGAGGAGCAAAUUGAGAAAAUAAAAAGAACCAACCCAAAUUUAUCCGUCAAAGGAUAA